GAGGUAAAGUCAAUGAGAACUUUGGGAUGAUCAAUGAUUCCAGACUCACAAAGGAUGGAUUAAGAGCUCCGGUAUUGACUAUCAUGAAACCAGCAUGGAUUCUCUUUCGCACUUGGUGAUUUGGACGACAAGGUCUCAUCUUUAUGCCUAUCCUAGUCUUUUUAGGUGGAAUCUCCAUGUGGGUAUACGUUUAAUCACACAAUUAAAGCUCUUUUUGAUAUCUUAAGCCCCACUAAUUGUGUUAAGAUUUGUUCUUCUGCACCCUUCUUUUUAAUUUUGUGUACUGAGAAUUUGAUUGGAUCGCUGAGUUUUGUUCUUCAAUUAAAUUUAUGCUGUGGGCGUAUGAUGGAUUUUUUGUAUGGAGGUCGUGCCUCUUCGCAUAUAUUCCUGAACUAACCUAUCUCCUUUGUCCUAGUGUGUAUGGGAGUUAUUUAAUUGGAUUUGAUUGAAUCUUGGAUUAAAUAGUUUCCACUUCUCUGAAACGAUUUAGAGUGUAUUUUGGAAUUGUAAAGCUCUUGGAUACAAAAAAGGGAAGGAGGUUCAGAAAUUGAAUAUAUGAUGAGUGACUGAAGGAAUGAGAGGAAAAUUUUAGAACAUGGAUGAUGGAGAAGUAGAGCUCUCUGAUCAGGUCUUCUUAUCAAAUCCAGAUGUAUCUUGUGAUCUACAAGGGUCUGCCUAUGAUUCAUUCCUUGAUGAAUUUUUGAAGAACACUAGGACAUGUACUCACACUCACACCUGCAAUCCACCCGGCCCUGAUGCAGCUCAUACUCACACCUGUUACCAUACACAUACCCAAGUGCUUGCAUCUGAGGAAGAUGAGGGGUCAAAUGACAAAGAGAAAUCUGUCUCAAAAUCUAGAAGACCUUCAGGAAACAGGGAAGCAGUUCGGAAGUAUAGAGAGAAGAAGAAGGCCCAUACUGCUUACUUGGAAGAGGAAGUCAAAAAACUGCGUGUCCUUAACCAGCAAUUGGUUAAGCGAUUACAGGGGCAAGCAAUACUUGAAGCUGAGGCCUUGAGGUUAAAAACCCUAUUAAUAGAUAUUAGAGGCAAAAUCGAUAGUGAGUUGGGUGCUUUUCCUUUACAGAAGCGAUGUAUUUCUACUGUUAGUUUCGAGGAAGGUGAUGGCAGGGUCCAUUCUAUUGAGGGUAAUGAUAUAAGGUGCAACACUGAUGUCCCAUGCCUUCAUCCAGAAGCUGGGCCAUCAUAUCAAGCUCAAAUUGGUGGAAGCACAAAGAUGAUGACCACUUGGGAUGGAAGCUGCCAACCUGCAAUCAUGGACAGUCAGGCAAAUCUAAGUGCUCCUGUUGGCCAAAACAUGGCAAGUGCUGAGGGACAUCCAGAGAGCCUGGUUCCAGAAACCAUGGUCACACUAGAGACCUUGGUCUCAACUGCAUCUCAAUCUGAACAGCAAGAGGGGAGGAUUUAAUUGUAAGUCUUCUGCUUCCGAUAAAGCAUGAAGUCUUUUGAUCUUCUUGUCUUAAUAUUUCCUUAAGUUUGUGAGUAAUAAUGGGCUUUUUCUCCAUAUAGUGUACAGUAAAUGUGACUGCCUAGAAGGCUGAGUACUAUCAUAAAAUACACAUGAAUGUUUGUAUCCUCUAUUUAGUUCAAUAGAAAUCUGUAUUUGGUGAGAA